CGCAGCUAAACGCCGCGGCAGAGUUUCCUGUUGAGUUUCCCUGUUUGAGGGACAGGAACUCCCAGCUCGGCCUUCCUCCCUCCUCCUCCUCACCCCCCCCCCUCCGCCCAUGAUAAUAACACCCGACACGGAGCAGGAGAAAUAGAAGAAGAGAAAAGGAUUCCUCCGGACCGACGUUGGAACGAAAACUUCCCAGGAUUGACUUCCAAAAAAAAUCUGGGCUUCUUCUCGGGCGGAGAUCGACGGUCCGGUUCAAUGGCGCUUUAGUUUCGCCUCAAUACCGCACAAGUUUUUCUCGCUGACCGACAACUCCGGCAUGGCGUCCACGGUGACCUUAGAAGAUGCCCUCUCCAACGUGGACCUGCUGGAGGAGCUGCCGCUCCCCGACCAGCAGCCCUGCAUCGAGCCCCUCCCCUCCUCCGUCAUGUUCCAGCCCAACUUCAACACCAACUUCGAGGACCGGAAUGCGUUCGUCACCGGCAUCGCCAGAUACAUCGAGCAGGCCACGGUCCACUCCAGCAUGAACGUGAUGUUGGAGGAAGGGCAGGAGUACGCCAUCAUGCUGUACACCUGGAGGAGCUGCUCACGAGCAAUACCACAGGUGAAAUGCAACGAGCAGCCCAACCGAGUGGAGAUCUACGAGAAGACGGUGGAGGUUCUGGAGCCAGAAGUCACCAAGCUCAUGAACUUCAUGUACUUCCAGCGCACGGCCAUCGACCGUUUCUGCGGCGAGGUGCGGCGUCUCUGUCACGCGGAGCGCAGGAAGGACUUUGUCUCGGAGGCGUACCUGCUGACCCUCGGGAAGUUCAUCAACAUGUUCGCCGUGCUGGACGAGCUGAAGAACAUGAAGUGCAGCGUGAAGAACGACCACUCGGCCUACAAACGAGCGGCUCAGUUCCUCAGAAAGAUGUCGGAGCCUUCGUCCAUCCAGGAGUCUCAGAACCUGUCCAUGUUCCUGGCAAACCACAACAAGAUCACGCAGUCUCUGCAGCAGCAGCUGGAGGUGAUCAACGGAUACGACGAGCUGCUGGCCGACAUCGUCAACCUUUGCGUCGACUACUACGAGAACAAGAUGUACCUCACUCCCAACGAGAAGCACAUGCUGCUCAAAGUGAUGGGGUUCGGCUUGUACCUCAUGGACGGAAACAGCAGCAACAUCUACAAACUCGACGCCAAGAAGAGGAUCAACCUCACCAAGAUUGACAAGUUUUUCAAGCAGCUGCAGGUGGUCCCUCUGUUCGGUGACAUGCAGAUCGAGCUGUCCCGCUACAUCAAGACCAGCGCUCACUUCGAGGAGAACAAAUCCAGGUGGACGUGCACGUCCAUAUCCAGCAGCCCCCAGUACAACAUCUGCGAGCAGAUGCUCCAGAUCCGUGACGAUCACAUGCGCUUCAUCUCGGAGCUGGCCCGCUACAGCAACAGUGAGGUGGUGACCGGAUCGGGGCGCCAGGAGGCCCAGAAGACGGACUCUGAGUACAGGAAGCUGUUCGACUUGUCGCUGCAGGGCAUCCAGCUGCUGUCCCAGUGGAGCGCUCACGUCAUGGAAGUGUACUCCUGGAAACUGGUUCAUCCGACCGACAAAUACUCCAACAAGGAGUGUCCCGACAACGCCGAGGAGUACGAGAGAGCCACCAGAUACAACUACACCAGCGAGGAGAAGUUCGCCCUGGUGGAGGUGAUGGCGAUGAUAAAGGGCCUGCAGGUGCUGAUGGGACGCAUGGAGAGCGUGUUCAACCACGCCAUCCGCCACACCAUCUACUCGGCUCUGCAGGACUUCGCUCAGGUGACGCUGCGCGACCCGCUGCGACAGGCCAUCAAGAAGAAGAAGAACGUCAUCCAGAGCGUCCUCCAGGCCAUCCGGAAGACGGUGUGCGACUGGGAGGCCGGCCGGGAGCCGCACAACGACCCGGCGCUCCGCGGCGAGAAAGAUCCAAAGGGCGGCUUUGACAUCACUGUCCCGCGGCGAGCUGUCGGCCCCUCCAGCACGCAGCUCUACAUGGUGAGGACCAUGCUGGAGUCUCUCGUCGCAGACAAGAGCGGCUCCAAGAAGACUCUGCGCAGCGGCCUGGAAGGACCCACCAUCCUGGACAUCGAGAGGUUCCACCGCGAGUCCUUCUUCUACACACACCUGCUGAACUUCAGUGAGACCUUGCAGCAGUGUUGCGAUCUCUCUCAGCUCUGGUUCAGGGAGUUCUUCCUGGAGCUCACGAUGGGCCGCAGGAUCCAGUUCCCCAUCGAGAUGUCCAUGCCCUGGAUCCUCACGGACCACAUCCUGGAGACCAAGGAGGCCUCCAUGAUGGAGUAUGUGUUGUAUCCUCUGGAUCUGUACAACGACAGCGCCCACUACGCUCUCACCAAGUUCAAGAAGCAGUUCCUGUACGAUGAAAUAGAAGCUGAGGUGAACUUGUGCUUCGAUCAGUUCGUCUACAAGCUGGCGGAUCAGAUCUUUGUGUACUACAAGAUUCUAGCAGGAAGUCUCCUGCUCGACAAACGCCUGAGAGCCGACUGCAAGAACCAAGGCGCCAACAUCCCGUGGCCGUCCUCCAACCGCUACGAGACGCUGCUGAAGCAGCGCCACGUCCAGCUCCUGGGCCGCUCCAUCGACCUGAACAGGCUCAUCACGCAGAGGAUUUCCGCCGCCCUCUACAAGUCUCUGGAGCUCGCCAUCAAUCGCUUUGAGAGCGAGGACCUCACGUCCAUCAUGGAGCUGGAAGGCCUCCUGGACAUCAACCGCAUGACUCACAAGCUCCUCAGUAAGUUCCUGACGCUGGACAGCAUGGACGCCAUGUUCCGCGAGGCCAACCACAACGUGUCGGCGCCCUACGGCCGGAUCACGCUGCACGUCUUCUGGGAGCUCAACUACGACUUCCUGCCCAACUACUGCUACAACGGCUCCACCAACAGGUUCGUGCGCACCGUGCUGCCGUUCUCUCAGGAGUUCCAGAGGGACAAGCCACCCAACGCCCAGCCGCAGUACCUGUACGGGUCAAAGACCUUGAACCUGGCGUACAGCAGCAUAUUCAGCACCUACAGGAACUUUGUGGGCCCCCCCCACAUCAAGGUCAUGUGCCGCCUGCUGGGCUACCAGGGCAUCGCCGUGGUGAUGGAGGAGCUGCUGAAGGUGGUCAAAAGCCUGCUCCAGGGAACCAUCAUGCAGUACGUGAAGACCCUGAUGGAGGUGAUGCCCAAGAUCUGCAGGCUCCCCCGCCACGAGUACGGCUCCCCAGGUAUCCUGGAGUUCUUUCACCACCAGCUGAAGGACAUCGUGGAGUACGCCGAGCUGAAGACGGUGUGCUUCCAGAACCUGAGGGAGGUGGGCAACGCCAUGCUGUUCUGUCUGCUGAGCGAGCAGAGCCUGUCGCAGGAAGAAGUCUGUGACCUGCUGCACGCCGCCCCGUUCCAGAACAUCCUUCCCAGAGUCCACGUCAAAGAGGGGGAGCGACUGGACGCCAAGAUGAAGCGCCUGGAGGCCAAAUACACCGCCCUGCACCUGGUCCCUCUGAUAGAGCGCCUUGGUACUCCUCAGCAAAUCGCCAUCGCUCGCGAGGGCGACCUUCUGACCAAAGAGAGGCUGUGCUGCGGCCUGUCCAUGUUCGAGGUCAUCCUCACGCGCGUGCGAGGCUUCCUGGACGACCCCAUCUGGCGGGGCCCGUUGCCCAGCAACGGCGUGAUGCACGUGGACGAGUGUGUGGAGUUCCACCGUCUGUGGAGCGCCAUGCAGUUUGUGUACUGCAUCCCGGUGGGAACCCAUGAGUUCACCGUGGAGCAGUGCUUCGGAGACGGCCUCCACUGGGCCGGCUGCAUGAUCAUCUCCCUGCUGGGUCAGCACCGGCGCUUCGACAUCCUGGACUUCAGCUACCACCUCCUGAAGGUGCAGAAACACGACGGCAAGGACGAGGUCAUCAAGAGCGUGCCCCUGAAGAAGAUGGUCGACAGAAUCCGCAAAUUCCAAAUCCUCAACAACGAGAUCUUCGCCAUCCUGAACAAGUACCUGAAGUCCGGAGACGGCGAGAACAUGCCGGUGGAGCACGUCCGGUGCUUCCAGCCUCCGAUCCACCAGUCGCUCGCCAGCAGCUGAGGACCCCAACGCCCCCCCCCCCCCCCCGCUCCAUUAUUCCUUUUUGUAUUCACACGUGCCUUAUCAGAAAUGGGUUUAUGGUUUUAUACUGGCAGAGAGCUCCAGAUGAGUUUUAUCAGACGAGUAUUUGCAGUGGUGGAAUUAUAUCAAGAGGUGGAGGGAAUCAUUUUCUAUGCAUGCUAAACAUUUUACAGGAAAAAGUAACAAUCUGUAAAGCAUUUAUUCACUGUGCCUUAUUUUAAUCAUUUUAAUUCAAUAAAUAUGUAACAAAUCUGUUGGUUCACCUCGAGUUUUUAGUGUUUUUGCUACAAAAGAAAAGUUCAGAGCGACGUCCAACAAAUGUUUUUUUUUUUUUUUACUU